CAAUUUACUCGACAGCACAUAAUCGAUACUCGAACAUUAACAUCGAUACUGGAAACAAAGGAAACGCGUAAUUCCGAAUAGCAUUGACGUAUAAUCUCAUUUUGAGGAACCGAUACAUCCUAAGAAGAAGAAACUCAUACUCUCAACCAUAAACAUCGAUGAAUAGGUGGAUGUAAAGAAGCGACGAAACCGAUUUUCGCGAUCGAUAAGGAAAAUAGACGGCGCAACAGCUGUAACGAACUGCUGUAAACGUGGUGUACGAAGGGAGAAUUAAAAUUUCAAUUCGGUCGAAAUAAGAAAAAUCGAGAAAGAUGGUGGGAUACGUGAGAUAUUUGUUUGCCAUAAUGAUCUGCAUCGCGAACAUGAUCGUCUACGGGUUGAAGGUGAACAUAGCCGUGGCUGUCGUCGGCAUGGUGAAAUACAGAGAUGAAGUACCGGACGCGUCGGACGAAUGCGAUUUUGCUCCUAUAGCCGAAGUCGUCGAUAUAGAGGGCCCGUUCGAAUGGACUUCGACGCAGCGAGGCUUGGCUAUCAGUAUUUAUUUCGCCGGUUACUUGGUAGGCAUGUUCCCAUGCGGAUAUUUCGCGGAUCGCUUCAACUCGAGGAACGCACUGCUGAUCUGCGUGCUGGGGAACGCGAUCCUGACACUGAUAGUGCCAUUAGUGGCGCCCGUGCUGUGGCUACUUUACGUUACGAGAUUCGUGAUGGGUGUGGUGAGCGCGCCGAAUCUUCCUAUCGUUGCCAUCAUGGUUGGGAGAUGGGUCGUUUACGAGGAGAAGAGCUUAUGGUUCGGUAUCAUUUAUUCGGGCACGUCGAUCGGCACCGUGAUCUCCAUCCUCACGUCAGGAUUGAUACUGCACAGCCUCGGAUGGGAGGCAGUUUUCUACAUACACGGCGCCCUCUCGUUGAUAUGGUGCGUCGUCUUCAUCAUUUUCUUCCGCGAAAGCCCGGAAACGCAAUAUUACAUAUCAGAGGAGGAGAGGCACUACAUAGUGACCUCGUACGGGCACCGUGGCCUUGAAUCGGUGCAGAUGAAGGUACCGUGGAAAGCCAUUUUCACAUCGGUCCCGUUUCUCGCCCUGAUUUACACCAACACGUUCGGAAACUUCGCUUGGUACUUCUUGCUCACACAGCUGCCCAUGUACAUGAACAAGAUUCUGAGAUUCGACAUUCAAUCCAACGCGGUUUUAAGCUGCUUGCCGUAUCUCUUGGCCGCAAUAAUGAAUCCGGUCUUGGGAAGGGUACUGGAUUGGGGCAGACUAAAGAAUUAUUGGACCCAGACCGGUGGACGAAAGAUCGCAGUAGGAAUGAGUUGCAUCCCACCGAGUGUUUUCCUCCUGAUUAUCACUUAUAUCGGUUGCUAUCGAGUAAUCGCCGUCGUACUCUUGAUGCUGAGCGUAAUGUUAGGAGGUUCCAUUUUUGUCGGCCAUCUUGCCAACCACAACGACUUGGCGCCCAACUAUGCUGGAAUUUUAAUGGGUAUCACAAAUACUCCAGGAACUAUUUCAGCGUUUCUUUUGCCCGCCAUUGUGGGCGCACUUACGGAGGCCGGGCAUACUAUGGCACGAUGGAGAUACGUGUUCUGGAUAACCGUUAUUGCACAAAUGUCCGCAUUUGUUGUAUUCACCAUCUUCGGUUCGGCAGAGAUUCAAGAAUGGAAUUACCACGGGAUAGAAGCGGAAGAACAAUAACAAAUGGAAUAAAUAAUUUGUGAUACCGUACUUUUUCCCUUAUUUAUAUUAUUAUACUUUUCGCUUCGAGUAAAAUAUAUAUUUUUAUCGAUAUUGUUAUUA